UACAGAAGCAGAAAGGCUUCACAGACCUCUGAGAUUAAUAAUUUUCCACAAAUCAAACCUCAGAUUCUGUAAUUGGGUCCAUUUUCUCUCCUUGUUUGUUUGUCUUAAACUUACAGUCCCCUUAAAGCCAUCCCAGUUAAGUGCUGAUUGAAUGAAUAAUGGAUGCAGCAGAAACACUAGAGGACUGUGAGCUGGGGUGCAUUUCUCUUUAAUUCGUUCCGGGACGCAGCGGAAAGCAGCAGCUACCGUGUCGUAGUAAAAUGCGGCUCUGAGGGAGGAAAGAAAAAAAGAGGAGGCGAUACAGGCAGAAAGAGAGGAAGAAGGGGGAGAAAAGCCGGCAGAUUUGUUCGCAGACCGGGUGUCCUCCCCUCUCUUCGGACAUGUGGUGCGCCGGGCGGCGGCAGAGACGCACGGACCAGAGCAGGCAGUAGCGACGGCGGAGACGGCGCGGCUUUCCUUCUCGUCUUUGGUUCUCCUUCUGUGGCCUUUGGUUAUGAGCUUGCUGGGAGCAUAUAAGAAAAAGAGCAGUUACGAUGGUUAUGAAUGUUUGCAGUUGGUCGAUAGCGGCGGGGAUAACUACAGCAUCGGGAAAGGGAGCAGCAGCGGCACGCUCGGAGGCUCCAUAGCGGCCACCCUCGGACCGAAGGCGGCCCCGCUGAGAGGGGAGGACUGCAGCACCAUGGACAGCUCAGAAAUGGAUGCGAGCUACGGUGGAGGGCUGUUCGAUAUGGUGAAGGGAGGAGCCGGGAAGUUCUUCAGCAACUUUAAGGACAACUUGAAGGACACGCUGAAGGACACGUCCACCAAGGUCAUGCAUCAGGUUGCCACGUACACCAAAGGAGAGCUGGACAUUGCUUACAUUACAUCAAGGAUCAUAGUGAUGACCUACCCUGCGGAGUCAGUGCAGAUUGGCUACCAGAACCAUGUCGAGGACAUCCGCUCAUUUCUCGACAGUCGCCAUGCUGACCACUACACUGUCUUCAAUCUAUCACAGCGCAACUACAGAGGAGCCAAAUUCUCCAACAGAGUUUCAGAGUGUAACUGGCCUUCGCGGCAAGCUCCCAGCCUCCACAACCUGUUCGCUGUGUGUAAAAACAUGCACAACUGGCUCAAGCAGAACCCCAAGAAUGUCUGUGUCAUCACUUGCUCGGAUGGUCGUGCUCUCUCUGGUGUUCUGAUCUGUGCCAUGUUCUGCUUCUGCCACCUCUUCAAUAACCCCAUUCCUGCCAUGCAGCUGCUCAGCGCUAAGAGACCAGGCUCUGGCCUCUGGCCUUCACAUCACAGGUACAUAGGUUACGUGUGUAGUAUGGUCUCAGAGAAGCCCAGCCUUCCCCACUCUAAGCCCUUAAUGAUCAAGGCUGUCACAAUGAGUCCAGUCCCCUGUUUCAACAAACAACGUAGUGGAUGCCGACCCUUCUGUGAUGUCCUCAUUGGAGAGACCAAGAUUUUCACAACUGCACAAGAUUAUGAAAGGAUGAGAGAGUACAGGAUCCGGGAGGGGAAGGUCAUUUUUCCUCUUGAUGUGAGCGUACAAGGAGACGUUGUGGUUUCCGUGUACCACAUGAGGUCGACAAUUGGAGGACGUCUGCAGGCCAAGGUGUCCAACACCCAGAUCUUCCAGAUUCAGUUCCAUACUGGUUUCAUUGCUCCUGGAACCAAUGUCCUGAAGUUUAACAAACCAGAACUGGAUGCAUGCGACUCCCCAGAAAAGUAUCCCCAACUGUUUCAUGUGAUACUGGAUGUGGAAGUGGAAGGGGUCGACAAGCAGAAAGACCUGACACCUCCAUGGGAGCAGUUCCCCUGCAAAGACUUGGCUCCUAAUGUGCUCUUCUCCUGCCAUCAGGAGCACCAGGAUGCUCUGGCUAUUGCAGAUGAGAUGGAAGGCUUGGAUCUGGAGGAGCCAACACGGCCAGAUGGCGAGAAAGAAAGCGAGCCCUCGGACGAUGAGAUGCUCUCACUCUCCAGUCAGCGAAGCAGCAUCAGCGCGGCCCCCCAGAGACCUGAACCUCCAACGCCUGCCCCACCUGCACCCAAUGAGGAAGUGGACCUUCUUGGCCUGGGCGGGGAGGACAUCGAUGCUCCCUGCUCUUCAUCUCAAAAUCAACCCUCAUCAGCUGCAACUACUGACCUCCUGGGAGACUUGUUUGGGGCUCCCCCUCAGCCAACCAGUGGGCCCUCAUCCACUCAGUCCACUCCACAUAAAGUGGCCCCCAACACUGGCUCACCAUGUCCCUCUCCUGCUCCACCAGCAUUUGAUCCCUUUGGUCCAGGGCCCAUGCACAAGCCUCAGGACAUGAUGGGUUCUUUCCUCGGACCAGGUAAUGUGGGCCAACCAGAACUUUUCCUGCAUGCAGCUCGCUCCCCAUCACCCACCAUGCAGCCCUCAAGCCUGGGUCGGAGUUCCCCUGUUCCACCCACAACCCCAAGUGUUAACAUUCAGCAACAAAAUGCCAUGGGAGGAUGGGACUGGAACAGAUCAGCUACAUCAAGCUCAGGAGGAGGCUUUGGGAUGGGGAGUCGCUCAGCCACUACCAGUCCCACAGGAUCAGUCCACAGCACUCCCACCCACCAAAAUAAACCAAACACGCUGGAUCCUUUUGCAGACAUUGGCAACCUCAGUGGAAGCCUUGGAGCAGGAGGCUCUGGAUUCUCCAGCAAGCCCACUUCUCCAACAGGAGCUAGCCCUGCCUUUCCACCAAUGGGCUCUCCAUCACGGCCUCCGCCGUCUCCACAGCAUGGAGGAGGGUGGCAGCCCCACUCUGGAGGGAGCUUCCCUGCAUGGCAGUCCAACGCUGGAGGUGGAGGCGGGUGGCAGGCACAAGGACAGACCCCUAACCACCAGCCAAAACCCAGCCCAAGCCAUACCUCCAUGCCCCACACGUCACCCCAGAAUCGACCCAACUACAACGUCAGCUUUUCAGCAACGAGGGGAGGCUCUCCCAGCGCUGGGGGAAAAGCACAGCCUGGGAUGGGUUCGAAGCCCAAAGUCUCAGAUGCCAACUUUGAUGACUUGCUGUCUGGUCAGGGCUUUGCAGGGACCAAAGAGAGGAAAGGGCCUAGGACAAUAGCAGAGAUGAGGAAGGAGGAGAUGGCCAAAGAGAUGGACCCCGAGAAAAUUAAGAUUUUGGACUGGAUAGAGGGGAAGGAGCGGAACAUCCGAGCGCUGCUGUCCACCAUGCACACUGUGCUUUGGGAAGGAGAGACGCGCUGGAAACCUGUGGGCAUGGCUGACCUGGUCACCCCAGAACAGGUCAAGAAGGUGUACCGCAAAGCAGUCCUGGUUGUUCACCCAGAUAAGGCAACAGGACAACCGUAUGAACAAUAUGCCAAGAUGAUUUUCAUGGAACUAAAUGAUGCCUGGUCAGAAUUUGAAAGCCAAGGACAAAAACCUCUGUACUAAAGAGACAGCUGCAAGGAAACGAGCAACGCCAGGAUGUUUCUGCUGAUUCUGUCAUGUUACCAACUCGGAUCCUGUAUGAUGACAUCUGCUUUUACGACUGCGCUUUGAAUCGCUUCUCACCCAGAGCAAUGAAUAUCUAUGUUGUAACUUGACUUAACUGAACAAAAGUCUCCAGAUGUACCCUCUGUGUGUGUGUUCUGCAACACUAUCCUACUUUUAGCCCCCUGCUCAGCAUCAAACUAGAUUUCUAAGAGACAAAUCAAAAAAAUGAUGACAGGAAAGGGAAUCAGGGAGUCAUCUGAAAAGACACAAUUCAUGUGUAAGGCCCAAAUAUUUGAUUGCAUUCAUGUCAGCUGAAACUUAUCGUUAAUAAAAUGUUCUUCAAGCUGGAAAAAAAGGCCAGAUUGUUUAAAAAUCAGCUGUAAUUUAGAUUUUUUACAGUUAAAAAUAGCCAAACAAACUAUGUCCAGAUUUUUGCUAGCAUCAGUUAUUCUUAGUAUAAUCUCACAAAGCUACAUGUUUUUCCAUGUUUGCCUGGAUCUGGGGAUUGUAUAUUUAGUAUUAGCACAUGUACAGUUCCUGACAGGAAGCACUUCGAAGCCUCAUAGACGUUCAUUCUGCAGAUUUGCAAUUGAAGCUCUUUAAAAGCACAAAAAUUCAAUGCAGCUUAGAAGAAAGAUUUUUGUUCUGUCAAAGAUAUUUUAUAGAUGUUUUCUCACAUAUCUGCAGACUUCUUGCAGUUAAAACAUUACCCAUCAGCACUUUUUGUUUACAGAAACCUUUUACUUGAGUCAAUUGGUUUAUUUUUCCAUUGUAUUUCUGUAACGGCAGAGGCACUUUUAUUUAUGUCCUUCAGGUAGAUUUCCAUAUGGACGUGAGUGCAGAAAACAGCCGGCUCGGAGGACUGUACACGCUGCAGGUGCUUUUUUUUAAUCCAAACAGAUGUGAACUUUUUCUCCGCGGCAAAUAAUACCUGCGUAGAAUGAUGCUUCCUCCUCAGCUUUUGAUCCGUUGUUUUAAAAUGCUACUGGUGUAAAUGAAAAAAUCCAUGCUAAUCAAUGACCGUGGUGUGUGAGUCAUUGGUACUGUAUUUCUGAAAACAAAAAUGUUCUCAUAAAACGUUUAAUUUUAUCAUUUAGUUGCUUUAUUUUGACAUUCUCAGAGGGCACUGACAGAAUGCUCUAAAGUCUGACACAACACACACAGAAGCAUUUCAAUUCAAAUACAGUUUAUAAUUCAUAUCCAGCUCAAACAUGUCAUCAUUGCCUUUGCAUGUUCAUAAACUGUCGUCACAUUCUUUCCCUUGUUAAUAUGUUCAGGACAUUGCGCAUUUACGUGACACUUUUUUUCUCCUUGACUGUUUUUUUUUCCAGUUCUGCUUUCUGGAUAUUAACUGAAUUCUGAGCAGCCAAAAGAAAAAUGUGAGCUCUGGAGAAAGUUAUUUUUAUCAGAACAAAUCCCCAAAUGGGGGAAAUGUGUGUCUUGGGUUGACAUAUAAACCUAAGGCCUCAAACUCAAAAUACUGAACUUGAAGAUGUUUUUAGUGACUGUGAGAAGCGUGGCAUCCGCCUGCACUGAGGACCUCUCUGUACAAUUACUCUUCUGUGGGGUCUUACAGAUCAUUGAAAAGCUAACCUCUAUAGUGUAGAAAUUGAACUCGUGUUGUUUGAAAUAGUGGAAUGUAUGGGUCAGAUUUAAGUACCGUUAAGUCAUGUUUGCCUGUCUGCUGUACAAGUGUUACUAAAUUGUGUAAAAAAAAAAUCUCUUCAGGUGUUUCUUUUCAGCUCUGUUUGCUGUUGCAGGAUGUACAUAGUAAACCAGUGCGAUGCACAGCAAUAAACUGUUAAUGAAGCAAAAAAAAGAAAAAAUAUUUUUAUUUUUUAA